CAACACCUCUAUUCACCCCCCCCUCUAGAGGUGUGCGAGGUGUCUAACAAUUGGUAUCAGAGCGAGGGAUUUUCAAAGCUUUACCGCUGAAAAUUUAAAAAGAUCAUGGCCGGAAGAACAUUUCAACCCGGAGUUUCCGAAGGACAAUCCACGACAAGGCCACCACUCUUCGACGGCACAAAUUAUGCUUAUUGGAAAGAGAGGAUGAGAAUAUUCAUCCAAUCAAAUGAUUAUGAUUCUUGGUUGGUGAUCAAGCAUGGAGAGAUGGUUCCCACAAAGAUUGUUAACGGGGUUCUUGUUCCAAAGUUAGAGACCGAAUAUACCUCAAAUGACAAGAAGAAGAUGCCACUAAAUGCAAGGGCCAUCAACUUUCUAUAUUGUGCCGUGAACCCGGAUGACUAUCGGAAAAUCUCAAGGUGUAAGACGGCGAAUGAGAUGUGGAGUAAAUUAGAGGUCACAUAUGAAGGAACAAGUAAAGUGAAGGACUCAAAGAUCGACUUACUCACCCAUGAGUAUGAGCUUUUCAUGAUGAUGGAAAAUGAAACAAUAGAUGGCAUGUUCGAGAGAUUUUCAACUAUCGUCUCAAAUUUGGAUAAACUUGGGAAGCAUUAUGAGGAUCAUGUUCUCGUUCGAAAAAUCCUUCGAAGUCUCACACCGGAAUGGAAGUCUACGGUCAAUCCUAUCAAAGAAGGCCGAGAUUACAAUACGUUGACAUAUGAAGCACUUCGAGGUAAACUACUCACUUAUGAAAUGUCUAACUUUUCUAGUGCAGCGGAGAUCAAAAGGGAUCAAAAUCUAUCAUUCAAAGGAGUUGCACUCAAAGCUUCAUCGUCAAAAUAUGUCAAGACAAGCGGCUCUGGAGAAAGUGACAUUCUCAAGUUAUUUAAUGACUUCUUACAAAAUGAGCUUGAGCAAUUGAAUGAGAGUAGAAAGCCUACUUGCUAUGGAUGUGGAGAGCGUGGACAUAUCAAGGGUCAUUGCCCUCAUCGAAAAAUCAAGAAGUCCAAACGUCGAAAGCAAUCCAACUCUAGUUCCUCUUCCUCAUCCGAUGAUGAAGUAGCCAUUUGUCUUAUGGCUCAAAGUGAAUCCGAAGAGGUUCAUUUGGAAGCAUCCAUUGUUCGACACAAGGCUCACAUAAUGAAGUUAAAAUUGAUCUUGAGGUUACUGGAUAAUGAUGAGUUGAGCCUAGAGCAAGUCAAUGAUGUUAAAGAUUUUCAGGAUGCUAUGUGGAGCGCAAUCAGAGGUUGUAAGGCCGACACUUCUCUCUUUGUCUUCUCUCAGCCCAUGGGCACGACCUAUCUACUACUUUAUGUGGAUGAUAUAGUUGUCACAGCAUCCUCUCCAGCACUUCUACAGAGUCUCAUUCAGCAGCUAAAGGCUGAGUUCUCCAUGACUGAUAUGGGCGAUCUGCACUUUUUCCUCGGGAUCAAUGUUCACCGCACAGCUUCUGGCCUGUUCCUCCACCAGACUCAGUUCACGCACGACAUCCUUGAGAGGGCAGGGAUGGUCUCUUGUCGGCCCAUCUCAACCCCGGUGGAUACAAAGGCAAAGCUAUCUGUGUCAGCUGGUUUCCUAUAGUGUCUCUCCUACCUUAAUUAGGAUUGAGACUUGUGUAUAUAUACAUGUACUCUCCUCACAAUUUAUUCAAUGAAAAUACUUCUUCUUCAGUUGGUCCAAGAAAAGAAGCUGUGCAGAAAAGAUGCAGCAUAAUAAUCGAUUAAUGCAUCACCAAUAAUCGAUCAAUGCAUCAUCAUCAACGAUUAAUGAAGCUGAAGGAAAAUC